AUGUCGAACCGCGCCGAAAGAAUUGCAGAGGAUCAAUACGAGGAGAACAACGAUUCCUCGCCUGUAACCGGAGAUUUCACAGACAACUCCUAUGCGAACGAGACCAAUCCAAGCUUGAGAGAUCAAGUUCCUGUCCAAGGAGACAAUGCGCAAAUUGAAGACCCCAUGCAACCUCCAUACUCCAACUCAGAUCAACAGCUCGAGGAGGAUGAAAACGAGGCACUUGACAAGUCCAACAUUUUGAGGGGAGAUCGCCUCCGCCAUGCGAAGCCUCAGACUUCGAAUAAAUAUAACGAAGGACCAGACGAGGAUGAUCUGCCGGCUGCCGACUGA